AUAAUUAAAGUACAUUUUCGAGGGAAAAACAUAACGUGGAGCGACGACGAACCCCCAAAAAAAGGAACAGACAAUGGCGUCUUCAUCUUCCUCAUCAUCGUCUUUCACGCUUCCCUCUCUCUUCUCCAUCGCCGUUCUGAUUCUAACUAUUUCAACCGCGGAAUCACUGAAACCCCCGUUUCACCCUCGCGACUUGCUCCCACUCUUACCCAAGCAAGUCUCGUGGCCGAUUCUCAAUUCCCUCUACGGCGCCGCCGAUCUGCUCCCCACUUUCAUCGGAACGGCGAGCCCCGGGAACGAUGACGUCAAGUGGAAAGGCGCUUGCUUCUACGAGAACACGGCUUAUCUGGAGUUCCAUAACAAGUCCGGUACCGAGUUUGGUGGAGGCACGCUUCACAUUCAGGCGGAUAAAGCGCAUAGUUGGACUUGCAUGGAUCUCUAUGUCUUCGCAACUCCAUAUCGGGUGACGUGGACAUGGUACUUCAUCUCACGUGCGCACACUGUGGAGUUCCCGGAGUGGGAUGGAUUAGCCGAGUACGAAUACGUUAAGAAUAAGGGAGUUUCGAUAUUCCUUAUGCACGCGGGGAUGUUGGGAACGCUUCAAGCGUUAUGGGAUGUUUUCCCUCUCUUUACCAAUACUGGUUGGGGGGAGAGCUCUAACCUCGCGUUUCUUGAGAAGCAUAUGGGAGCUGAGUUCGAAGCUCGUCCUGAACCAUGGGUCACAAACGUUACAACUGAUCAAAUCCAGUCUGGUGAUCUACUUGCUAUUUCGAAGAUCCGUGGACGGUGGGGUGGUUUCGAGACUCUUGAGAAGUGGGUGAGCGGGGCGUAUGCUGGCCAUUCCGCUGUCUGUUUGAGAGACUCAGAGGGGAGACUGUGGGUUGGUGAGUCUGGGAAUGAAAACGAAAAGGGAGAAGAUGUAAUAGCGAUCUUACCAUGGGAAGAGUGGUGGGAAUUUGAACUAACAAAGGAUGACUCGAAUCCUCAGAUCGCGUUGCUGCCUUUGCAUCCCGAUGUUCGUGCCAAGUUCAACGUUACUGCUGCGUGGGAGUAUGCUCGCAGCAUGGAGGGUAAACCAUAUGGUUAUCACAACUUGAUUUUUAGCUGGAUCGACACUGUUAGUGAGAACUACCCGCCUCCUCUUGAUUCUCAUCUUGUUGCUUCUUUCAUGACUGUUUGGAGCAAAAUGCAGCCCGAUUAUGCUGCUAAUAUGUGGAACGAAGCCUUGAACAAGCGUCUCGGAACAGAGGGUCUUGAUCUUUCUGAUGUACUGGUCGAAGUAGAGAAGCGAGGGUCUUCUUUUGACAAAUUACUGGCAAUACCUGAACAAGACGAUUGGAUAUACAGCGAUGGUAAAUCAACCUCUUGCAUUGCUUUCAUCCUCGAAAUGUACAAAGAAGGUGGCCUAUUUGGCUCAUUGGCUGAUUCUGUUCAAGUCACAGAGUUCACGAUCAAAGACGCUUACAUGCUUAACUUCUUCGAGACCAACUCAAGUCGACUUCCUAAAUGGUGCAACGACAAUGACAAUGUGAAGCUUCCUUACUGUCAGAUACUCGGGAAGUACAGAAUGCAACUCCCUGGUUACAACACUAUGGAACCAUACACCCAUAUGAAUGAGCAAUGUCCAUCUUUACCUCCAAAGUACAACAGACCAGAUAACUGCUGAAACCAAUUGAAACUCUCUCUCUCGACUGUUUGUCUGUUUGUUUGUUAGGACAAGAGUUUAUGUAAUACCAGAGUGAAAGCUCUUAACCACUUUUAGUUUUAUCUGUUUGUAAAUAUAUAACUCAGUCUGUAGCAUACAUACUCUGAUACUACAGGUUAUGUAAUUGUUUGGAUUAUCAAUACUAUCAAUUUUUCGACA